AUGCCGACGCGUGCAGCGUCGGCGUGUCUUCAUCCAGUUACAUCCACGGAGGUUGCGAGACGCAGCGCGUCACUACUCGUCGAGAUCAUUGCCAUGAUCAACCACAGCGACAGCAGCUUGACUCAAUACUAG